AUGUCUCUUAAAAUAAAAUCUAAAACACCUAGAGCAAUGCCAGCUGAAGCAGUUUUGACAAGAAGCAAAUUGGCACAGUUGAAACAAAACAAAACCCAAAAAAAAGUAAAGUUGUGUCCUGUAAAUGAAUCAUUGAGACUUAAAAACGGAAAACGAAAAAUAACAGUGGAUAAAGUUCAAUGUAAAGAAUUUCAACCAGAUAAAGUGAAGAGAAAAAUUGAGCUUAAGAGGGUGAAGCUAACCCCGAAUCAUAAUCAAAUAGUCAUAGCAGAUAUGACUAAAUGUAAUAAACGAAAACGGAAUGUCCCUAAGAAAGAUUUCCCACAAGCAAGUUUCAAAGCUACGAGUACCCCACCCAGGGACAUUGAAAAAUCAGUAUUUGAAUUAAUAAGUCUCAUGGAUGGGACACAAGAAAUGUGUGAUGAUGAUUUUCUUGAAAUACUGACUUGUCCCAGCCCAGUUUGGUGGGAAGAUCCACCACCUGGAUAUUCUGAAGAUCCAAUAUCAGUUGAGUACAUAGUCAAGAAAGAAAAACUAAAUGUGGAAGAUGACAAGAAAGAAAAACUAAAUGUGGAAGAUGACCAGAAACAUUUAAAAAAUGUCAUGAACAACAUUAAGGAAAAUUUAAUCGAGGAAACCAAUACAAGUGUUCAUAAAAAUAUCAAAAACGAUGUGAAAUAUGUUAAUAAAUCUAAAAACUUAGAAACUUUGUUAGGUAAUAUUAAAAAUAAAAAGCAUAAAAAUUUAAAUGUCUGUGACAGAAUAAGAAUUAAUGAAUUUAAUAUAAAUAAUAAUGAAUUAAAAGAAAAUAAUGAAGUUAGUGAAAAUGCAGAGACAAUGAAAACUGAUGUUGAUAACAAAUCAAAAAAUGAAAUUAAACCUAUUAUCAAUGAAUUAAAACUAUCAAAUUUGGAAGAUAGUGUAGAAAAUAUUGAAGAAAUAGAAAAUUUAUCUGAAAAUACCUUCACAGUUAGUGAUAGAAGUAGUCCUUUAUGUAUAGAACUUAAUUCAGAUGAAACAGACCAUGAAGACCCAAUGAAUGUCUCGCUUGAUGAUGGUUCAUUGUUCUUCUUGGAAAAUAUAGAAAUUCCCAUUGUAAAUGAGUUUUAA